CUUAUUACAUAAGCAUAUGUCGGGUGAACACUGUAACAAAAACCAGUGAGGACCACAUGUUUGUCACGAUGACGCCAUUGUUAGAACGACACAAUGGUCUGACGCUCAUAGGGAUUAUCGCAAUGAUUUGCUACAUCUGUCUGUGUGGAACUAACGGACAGAAUACUGAGGUUGACUACUGUGAGAUGAUUGGGUGUAACAACAGCUUCACUGGUUGUUACGAUACCAGAGUAUCGAUUAACGAUACCAAUGGAUCGAUUAACGAUACCAAUGGAUCGCUUAACGAUACCAAUGGAUCGAUUAACGAUACCAAUGGAUCGAUUAACGAUACCAAUGGAUCGAUUGGCGACACAGGAUGCAAUUGUAACGACGGCUUUUGGGGCGUUUUUUGCGAAAACGACAUGCUCGAGGAGUUAUAUAACGUCUCCUUGGACACCAACCUCAACAUGUCUGCCGUGACAAACGUAAGUCAUUUGACAGUACUAGCCCUCGCGGACCACGUACGACAUGGCUACUAUCUCCUACCGAGCUCAGUGAACUUGGUGAGCAAAAUACAACAGAAUCUAGUGAGACAGGUAAAAGUAAUCAUGGAUAAAGAAACGAACUUGAGCGUCUUCAAAAACGAUGUACUAAAUAUGUCUGACCAGAUAUUCAAUUCAACCCCAUCACUUCUCAGUGGCAUCUAUAGACUGACAGAACAACAUGCCAAGAAUAUAGUGAUAAGCACAGAGGAAAACAUACUCGAGAUGAUCAAGAUGCUGCUUAGUCAAGUCAACGUGGAUCAAGUGGUCCACACUGGUAACAUUCCAUACACGAUGUUUUCCCUAGCAUACACUAAAGCUAAGGGACCAAAUCUACCCUUCUCAUACAAAACAAAGUUUGGCUCCUUCGAUCUGCCAUUCUGGGAAACAUUCCACGACCAGAUCAGAUAUGAAACGGUCUCCGUCAUAUUGUUGACCUACGAGACAAGCCCAUAUUUCUUCGCCAGCAACGCUGAUGACAUAAGUUCUGGCCUUGUCAAAACGAUCGUUACAGACAGAAAAGGAAAUGACCUCAAUGUUGAGGACCCGGAUGACCCAAUAGCACUUGACGCGUCGGCUAAGCGGGCUGUAGAUCCGGUGAGUGGUUGGUCAACUCUAGAUCCGAUCCAAUCACAGGAGGGAGCGGCAUUCCUGGCCGUUGCAGCCUUUAACUUCACCGUAAACGCCGUCAUUGUUGACCUUAAACUGGCCACUAUGAAACUGUGUACUACAUACGCCGCAUACGGUAGAUCCACCCCGACAGUUGACGAAUAUGACUUCAAGGUAGAGACCAUGGGAAAGAGCCGUUUAAAGUCUGUGUUUCCGGAAGAUUUCAGGGCAAGUUACUCUGAUCAAGUUCUGCAACUGGCAUUGAACUAUAAGGGCGAGGAAUCAAUAGCGAAACCAUUCUUGAUGACCGUCAUAUGUGAAGAUGACUCCCUUAUAGGAAACGGUAGGUAG